UGACCGUGGGAUUUUACUUCUCCCAUGUAUAAAGUAUAAACCCCAUCACCUGUGUAGAACCCUCAUUCAUUGAAGCAGAACAAAGAGGGAGGAGGAACACUGACGAACACCAACAGACCAAAACAAAAAUGGUGGCUUCAAUGAUUUUCGCUCCGAUCUCCGCCAAACCCUGGAAUUCUACUGCAGCAGCUUGUUUCCGACCCGACCCAGUUUCCCCAUUCCGCCGCAGAAUCAUCGCCGGCUCCAACUCCUCAUCUCCCUUAUCCACAACAGCAUUCUUCCCUCUGCAACAUUCCGCGGCUCAUCAGAUCAACAAUCUCAGGCUCAGGCCCAGACUUCCCCUUUCUUUGAAAGCUUCUUCUUCUUCUUCAGUUGGAACCACAGAAUACUUGGAGGAACCUACAACCAAUGUGAAAUUCCCAACGUCCUUGAACGUGCCAGGUUGUUCAUCAAGCUCGCUAUCGUUGCUCGGAACUGGAUACAGGGAGAAGGUGUUUGCCAUCAUUGGGGUCAAAGUGUAUGCUGCGGGACUGUACGUUGAUCAAUCCAUCUUUACCAUAUUGACUGCAUGCAAAGAUCAGUCAGCUGCUGAGAUCGAAGCGAACUCAUCGUUGUUCACCUCCAUUUUCCUUGAUGCCUCUGAGAAAGCACUAAGGAUUGUCCUGGUAAGAGACGUCGAUGGCAAAACAUUCUGGGACGCAUUGGACGAAGCUAUUUCGCCCAGGAUCAAAGCACCAGCUGAAGCCGAUAAGCCUGCCCUCGCCAAGUUACGAGCCACGUUUGAGAACCGGCCUCUUAACAAAGGAACUGUCUUGUUCUUGACAUGGCUGGGUCCCUCUAAAAUGCAUGUCUGCGUGGAAGGCGACGCAUCUUCUGGUGCAGAUGCAACGAUUGAAUCGAUGAACGUGGCUGCAGCCCUUUUCGAUGUGUUCUUCGGCGAUUCACCUGUUUCUCCCUCCCUGAAAAUGUCUGUUGCUACGGGGCUGGCAGUGGGUCACAAGUGAACAACACAUCAUGCCACCAUUUUUGUUAGUUUCCAAGUUGUUCAGUGUUGCUUGUAGAGCAAGUGAAUAACCGCUUAUGCAAUUAUUUUUUUUUUAUUUUUUUUUGGGAAAAUGAGUAACUAUUGUAUUCAUCGUUGUAUUGAUGCUAUUGCUCAAAUAACUAACACAUGUCUAACUAUACUUUUAGCUCAUAAUAUAUUUCAGCUCAUAUAUUAUAGGUAGCUGACAAAUUAAAAAA